AUAUAUGGGUCCCAUAAUGGCUCCCAUUCUGUACUUUUGUAAAAUACAAAUAUUUUAUUUCCACAAAAUAGGUGCGUGAACUGGAAACUGAAGUGGAAGCCAUGCAGAAACGUGGAGCUGAUGCUGUUAAAGGAGUCCGCAAAUACGAGAGGAGAGUUAAGGAGCUGACCUACCAGACUGAGGAGGACAAGAAGAACAUCACCAGACUUCAGGAUCUGGUGGACAAGCUGCAACUCAAAGUCAAGGCUUACAAGAGACAGGCCGAGGAGGCUGAGGAACAAGCCAACACCAACAUACCCAGACUCAGGAAAGUCCAGUAUGAGAUGGAGGAGGCUAAGGAGCGUGCUGACAUCGCUGAGUCUCAGGUCAACAAGCUCAGAGCCAAGAGCCGUGAUGUUGGAAAGUCUGAUGCUGCUGAGUAAGAAAAAACAUCUGAAGGACAAC